AUGGUUCCUUCUCUGCGUUCAUCACCCAAUCAGCUGGCAGUGUUCAAGAAGGACAAUGCUCCCUGUCACACAGCAAAACAGGUGAAGCAGUUCCUUGAAACUGAAAACCUUGAAAUAAUGAAAUGGCCUGCCCAGAGUCCUGAUCUAAACCCAACAGAGAACCUCUGGAAAGUCCUUGGCGACAAAGUUAUGGCCAAGAAACCCACUACAGUCACCAAAUUGUGGAAGAGACUGGAAGAAGAGUGGACCAAAAUCACACCAGAGCAGUGUGAAAGACUAGUGAUGUCCAUUGGCCGCAGAUUAAGAGACCAACCGGGACAUCGGUCAGACAUCCACAACAGGAGUCAUCUCAUCCAACACCAGCAACGAUGCCCACACUCCGUGAUCCCCCUGUCCGUCCUGGGACUCCUGGCGCUCUCCUCUGCUUGUUACAUCCAGAACUGCCCCCGAGGAGGGAAACGCUCACUGCCGGAAAGUGGGCUCAGACAGUGCAUGUCGUGUGGCCCCAGAGACAAGGGCCGCUGCUUCGGCCCCAGUAUCUGCUGUGGAGAGGGUCUGGGCUGCUUGCUGGGCUCCCCAGAAACAGCUCACUGUGUGGAGGAGAACUACCUGCUCACCCCCUGCCAGGUGGGAGGGAGACCCUGUGGAUCUGAAGGUGGACGCUGUGCUGCCUCAGGACUCUGCUGUAACUCAGAGAGCUGUGCGGUGGACUCCGAUUGCCUGGGGGAGAUCGAGGCCUCAGAUCAGACCGACAGCUCUGCAGGGAGCUCGCCCGCAGAGCUGCUGCUGCGACUGCUGCAUGUGGCCACAAGAGGACAGACCGAGUACUGAAACUGACAAGACUGAAGACCAUCCCUGUCCCACUUAAGCCUGGAGAUUUAAACCGUGAACCAAUAAAAAUGAAAAUCCAUGUCAAAGCUCAACUUUUUUUCCUAACCGCUUUUAUUUUUCUUUGUGUAAGGACAUUCACGGUCACAAAAAAACAACUAUUUUCAGUUUCAAUUGCUAACAAUUUUCAUCCAGAUGGAGAGGAAAUUAUGUGUAUGAUAAGACUAGAAUAUGUUUAUUUCCACAUAGAACUGUAUAUACUUAUGCACAUACUGUAUACAAAAUUCUAUUCUUUAACAUGCCAGAGAGAAUUGUCGACUGAGUUGUAGGAAACACUGUAAAUAAGUCAGUGAGUGGAGAUUACAGUUGCAACAGAGAUUCAUGUAAAACCAUGCUUGAGCAGUUAGUCCUUGUCUCCUAGAACAGUAUUGUUUAUUGAAAAUGUGUGAAAAAUAUGAAGUGUAUCACUGCCAAAAAAACUUCCACUGUUAGUCAUUAUUUCCACAUGCAAGCUCAAAAUAAUUACCACUUGAACAGA